AUGGCCUCCCCUCCAACGACCGUGGCCCUCCGGUCCCCCUCCAAAUACACACCCACCCCGCCGUCCACCUUCUCCGCGCCGCCCGUCGAUUGGCUCCUCCGCACGUGGUCCGUCACGCACUCGACGCUCGCCAUGUGGCGCGACGCCCGCAACGUGCGCAUCUCCUACGCCGCGCUCGACCCGAAGCCCGACGGCACGGCGCGCGUCGACGACCUUGUCGAGUACGAGUCCAACAAGACCACCUCGGGGGGCGUCAAGUCCGUCAAGGGCGUCGACACCGCCUCCAAGGCCGGGGACACCUCGGCGUGGGACUGGAGGGGCAAGGGGUGGCUGUUCUUUGUGAGCAGCCACUGGGAGGUCCUCGGGUGGGGGGAGCGGGAGAUUGCCGGCGGGGAGCGGGAGCGGUGGGUCGUUACGUGGUUUGCGCCGACGGUGUUCACCAAGGAGGGCGUCGACGUGUACUGUGACCGCAAGGAGGGGCUGAGCGAGGAGGGGUACAAGGAGGUGCUGGAGGGCUUGAAGGGGCUGGAGGCGAAGGACGUGGUGCAGAUGGUUGAGAAGGAUAUGCAGCCGGUUGAGAUUUCUCUGCCGUGGAAGGAGACUUGA